AUGACGGAAGACUCGGAGCCCAAUCCUGAUCGGUUUUGUAUUUUUAGAGUCCCCAAAAGCAUUCGUAAAGGAAAGCAAGAGGCUUACACUCCUCAAAUAGUUUCAAUCGGCCCUCUUCACCACGACCGAGAAGAUCUCAAAGACAUGGAAGACCAAAAAGAGAAAUACGUAAGAGAGUUUUUCAAACGACCAACGAGCAAGAAACGUGAGGAAGUCUUAGCCUUCAUCAGAAGCCAAGAGCAAGAGAUACGAAGCCAUUAUUCAGAGGAAUGCAAGCUCGACAGUGAUGCGUAUGUUGGGAUGAUUCUACGUGAUGCUAUUUUUAUCAUAGAGCUCUUCAUGAGGAAUGAUGGAGAACAUGAAAGUGACUUUUUCAUAAAUAUAUCAGCGGAAAUGUUUGCUUUACAAUUGGACUUGCUUUUACUGGAAAAUCAACUUCCAUAUUUUUUACUCGAGAAAUUAUACAGUUUAUUAGUCCCCGAUGGCGAGUCCUUCAGGAAACUUUGUUUAAACUUCUUCAGUGAUCAGAUGUUUUUUCCAGAUGAUCCCAAGGAAGAGAAGCUCAAAAAUGGGUUCGAACAUUUCACCGAUAUGCAAAGAGCCGCUCUAGUGGGAGAUUUCGAAAGAAAGGAGUCAACUUUUCGCCACUUACCUUGUGCCACAAAGCUACAAGAAUCAGGAGUGAAAUUCAGAUGUGCUUCUAAAGAGAGAUGCCCACUCGAGAUAGAAUUUAAGCAAGGCGAGCUGAGAAUGCCAGAACUAAGCGUUUUCCACGAGACAGACACCAUUCUAAGGAACAUCAUGGCUUUGGAGCAAUGUCGCUAUCACGAUUCUCUGUUCGUCUGUUCUUAUGUUCAACUUCUGGACUUUCUUAUAGAAGACAAAAGGGAUGGGCAGUGA